AUGUCCUCCUCUACUACCCCAGCCGCUCCUCCAGUGGCUCUAGACAAGAUUACCCAGCAAAUCGGCAAUACCCCUCUAGUGCGCUUAAAUAGGCUUCCUCGUAGUCUUGGAAUCGAGGCGACUGUUUUUGCGAAGUUAGAAUACUUCAAUGCAGGCGGGAGUGUCAAAGACAGAAUUGCCUUGCGCAUGAUUGAGGAGGCAGAACGUCUUGCUGCCACUGCUAGAAUUAAUCAUCAUAUUGACAUCAUGUCAUCUAGCGGUAUUGGGCUCGCCCUUGUCGCAGCUGUCAAAGGCUACAAGACCAUCAUCACGCUCCCCGAAAAGAUGUCCGCUGAGAAAGUAGCCGUUUUACGUGCAUUAAAUGCAACCAUCAUCCGUACUCCUAACGAGGCGGCAUAUGAUUCGCCUGAGUCCCAUAUCGGAGUGGCCAAGCGUCUCGAGAAAGAGCUACCGAAUGCUCACAUCUUGGACCAAUAUGGAAAUGAAAACAAUCCAUUAGCUCAUGAGUUCGGUACUGCCGAAGAAAUUUGGACCCAGACAGAUGGACAAAUUAAAGCUAUUGUCGCCGGUGCAGGCACAGGCGGGACCAUCACUGGGUUAGCUCGGGGUCUCAAGAAGCACAACCCCAACGUUCAUGUCAUAGGAGCAGACCCACAGGGAUCUAUCCUUGCUAUCCCCCCAACCCUCAACGAGGAACAUGCAAAUGAACCUUACAAAGUUGAAGGCAUUGGAUAUGAUUUCAUUCCUGAAGUUCUCGACCAGCACGCAAUUGAUAAAUGGUACAAAACCAACGAUAAAGAAUCCUUCCAAUAUGCUCGUCGCUUAAUAGCAGAGGAGGGCCUCCUUAUCGGUGGAAGCAGCGGAAGUGCUAUCUCAGCUCUGGUGCAAGCCGCAAAAGACAACGUCUUUGGCAAAGAUGAUGUGGUGGUUGUCAUUUUGCCCGAUAGUAUAAGAAGCUAUCUCACCAAGUUCGCCGAUGAUGACUGGCUCGCUGCAAAUGGACUUUUGCCCUCUCCACUCGCCGGCACUCCUUCCUAUUCCACGGCGCCACAAGAACAACGGGAUGACUUUGCUGGAUCGAAAGUCAAUUCAUUGCGAUUGAAGCCAAUUACGACGGUCCAAUCCAAUACACCCUGCGAGAAUGCAAUUGAGAUAAUGCGAGAUAGAGGAUUUGACCAACUUCCUGUCCUUGCGUCUUCUGGAAAGAAGCUUGUUGGAUUAAUUACACUAGGAAAUAUUCUUAGCCGGCUGACACAUGGACGGGCCACAGGAAAGAGUCCUGUCGCAGAUGUCAUGUUCAAUUUUAGCAAAAUACCCGAGAUUGUCACUGAUCCUAGGGACAUAGGACUGAUCAGUUCGAGGCUGGAGGGAACUAAUUUGAACGAUGCUUCACAACCCCGUAUCCAAAAUCGCAAGUUCGUGGAGAUCACUAUGGACACACCUCUUAGUGUCCUAAAUCGUUUCUUUGAAUGGAACAGUGCAGCUAUUGUUACCGAAAAAGAUGAGCAUGGUGCAAUGAAGCCGGUUGCAGUCGCAACGAAAGUUGACCUACUCACGUGGAUGCUUCAUCAUAAUAAGAAUGCUUUCUGA